AUGAGUAGAGCAAAUCAACCAGCGCAUAAGGUGAUACGAAAUGGUCGAAAUGAAAUAAGAAAUGCAGGACAACCUCUUAAUCGUGCAAAAUCAGCAGAUCAACGAAAAAAUCAUCAACGUCAUGAGCAAAGAGGUCACAUCGACCGAAAUUCAUUGGAAGAAUAUGGACUCUACUUUAAAAAUAGCCGACUUGUUUCGAUCAAGGAUGAUGCGCCCUUUGAAUUUGAUGUAUAUUCAAGUAAAGAAGAUAAUCAUAGGCGAUAUAAUGCGAUUGGCCGAUUGAUAACUGAUUAUAUAUAUGGUCUUCUUGAGAAAGAAUGUGGUUUAAUACGUAUUCCAAUACCUAUCGAUGCAAAAAGAUCUGAGCCAACUGGAUUCUUUUUUGCCAGUGAUAAUUUAGACAAAGCCGAGUAUCUUAUGAUAAUUAUUCAUGGUACAGGAGCUGUACGAGCCGGUCAAUGGUCACGAAAAUUAAUUAUGAAUGAAAGUUUACAGGCUGGUUCACAAAUUGAGUAUAUUGAACGGGCCAUUGCAUGUGGUUAUGCUGUUAUUGUUACUAACACUAACUUACAUACUGAUGAAUCUUCUGAAUCAGUUCUCAAUGCAACAAAACGUAUUCGCGGUAGUGGAUCUCCUGAAGAACAUGCUGCCUAUGUAUGGCAAUUUUAUGUUCGACAAUGUGCUGCUCGUCGUAUAUGUAUUAUGGCACAUUCUUAUGGUGGUGCUGUCGUCCUUGAAUUGGCUUCGAAAUUUACACCAGACUUCGAUGAACGCGUUUUUGCUGUAGCAUUAUCCGAUUCGCCUAUGAGAGCUUAUACAAAACAUUUUAAUAAAAAUGUUGUUGCAACGCUCAAAAAAAAAACAAUCAAUUGGGGAGCUGAUAAUCGUCCAGUAAAUCAAUUUUUAUGCGAUCGAGACUAUGGAGAAGUACGAUCUGCAGGUCAUUUAGCACACGAAUGGACAUCGUAUACAGCUUUCGAUGCUAUCUUCAAAUUUUUUGAAGAAGAACGUGCAAAAUUAGAACGAAAUAGGCACUAA